UAAACUUGAGGUGUAUCAGGACCAAAUCGAUGGUGACAUUGCGAGAGCUCGCUCAGAGGCACCCUCAACUGCAGACGUGUGGCAAGAUCUGACUUCAAACUUCAUUCAACUCAUCCCACAUUGUGAGAUCUCCACCUGCAGGUUCAAGCUUCAGGUGUCAAGGUCACAUGAUCUCAAACAGCGAUCUACCACGACUGCAGACAGUUUCUCUUUCAAAGAAGAGAGAGGAUACGAAGAGAGGAUAACGAUCUCACGAGGGCAAAAAGGAGAGCGAUUUCACCAAGAAGAAACGUUGAUUUGAACAGUAACUCAAACUUAUCAAGAUGUCUUCAGGAGAAGCUCAAUUUCACGAUGAAAAUGGCAAUCAUAUACCGGAAAAAGAAGAAGGGAACAGUGUUAGUGUCGAUUCGGAUUCUUAUUACUGUUACCAAAAUGAAAACGAUCAGUUGGAUACACCCAGGAGCCCUAUAUGUGAAGAUGGUACCCCUUUUGGUUUACCAGAUGUAGAAUCACAACUUCCUACGGUGGCUGAAGAAAGGGAAUCUCCAGGAAGGGGUAAAAAAAAUCAAAGAACGAAACGUCAACGAUCUGCAUCACUUCCUGGACAUAACUCAGUGAAGGAUGUAAGUGACGACGUAGACGCACAUUCUUCUUCCAGACGGGGAAGUGACGACUCUCCAUCUUUACAACAAAAAAAUUGCAGACGUAGAACGCGUCCGGGUGCCCAAGGUAAACCGAAGAAAAUCGCCGGUAAACAGUCUGAUGACACUUUAGAGACUUCAAAGCAUGAAAGGGAUCUAGGAUACAGAGAUAAGACGCAAAAACACUCUACAAAAACUGGAAAAAAGUCUAGAGGUGAAGGAAACAAGAGAGUUACUUGUCAACCUUUCGCUGAACAACCCUGUCACUUGGCCAUCAAACCUCCCUCAGAGCGCCCUGUCAAUCAAAAUCUCAUCAACAGAGUUAGUGUUGAUUCAGAUUCUUAUUGGUGUUACCAAAAUGAAAAAGAUCAGUUAGGUACACCCAAGAGCCCUAUAUGUGAAGAUGGUAUCCCGUUUGGUUUACCAGAUGUAGAAUCACAACUUCCUACAGUGGCUGAAGAAAGGGAAUCUCCAGGAAGGGGUAAAAAAAAUCAAAGAAUGAAACGUCACCGAUCUGCAUCCAUUCCUAGACAUAACUCAGUGAAGGAUGUAAGUGACGACGAAGGCGCACAUUCUUCUUCCAGACGGGGAAGUGACGACUCUCUAUCUUUGCAACAAAAAAAUUGCAGACAUAGAACGCAUCGGGGUGCCCAAGGUAAACCGAAGAAAAUCGCCGGCAAACAGUCUGGUGACACUUUAGGGACUUCCAAGCGUGCAAGGGAUCUAGGAUACAGAGAUAAGACGCAAAAACACUCUACAAAAACUGGAAAAAAGUCUAGAGGUGAAGGAAACAAGAGAGUUACUUGUCAACCUUUCGCUAAACAACCCUGUCAUUUGGUCAUCAAACCUCGCUCAGAGCGCCCUGUCAAUCAAGAUCUCAUCACACGCUACCUUAGUGUAUAUCUUGGUGACGAGAUCACGUUUCAUCAUGAGAAAACUAAGCCAACUGAUGGUGGGUGUGUCGAAUUUACAAUUGUAUUCCUGAAUUACGAGCAAGGAAGAAGAGCAGAACAAAUCCUUCAAGAAAAUAUUAAGGAAAUCGGAGAGAAAAUUGAAAUUUCCAUUCUCUCGGAAGAAACACGCAACGCGAUGUUUUUGGCCGAGUGUUCAGCAGAGCUUCAAAACGAGAUGACGGCAAUUGAAAAACAGCAUGCUAAGAAGAUAGAGAAAAUCAGUCGUCGUAUUAAAGGUCUUCGUGUGAAAAAGCACAUUUCUCCAAUUGAAUUUGAAAAAAUAUGCUCGGAGAGAAAAGUCCUCAAGCACAAGAAGGAGGAACUUGAGUCACAGCUCCAACAAUUUCGACGUUUUGACGUUCACAUAACAUCUAUUCUAGGCGCCCAAAGAGGGUUGCCAACUUCCAGUGUUCAGAGUACAGUGAAGAAACUAAGGGAAGCCCUUGGUAGAGAAUGUCACCAGAUCGAAGUAGCCCUUCCAAUAUACGCGAAAAAAACCGAAAUUACUCAGCUUGUAAAGGACAAUCAGGUCUGCGUUAUUCUUGGAGAAACUGGAUCGGGUAAAAGUACGCAGAUGACCCAAUAUCUGUACGAGGCUGGUUUUGCUGAGAAGGGAUUGAUCGUUUGUACCCAGCCCCGUAAAGUUGCUGCGACAAGUUUAGCAUCCCACGUCGCUCGAGAAAUGGUUGUGAGGGAUACCAACCUAGUUUGUCUUCCUCUUCAUGGAAAGCUACGUCAAGAGGAGCAAAAGAAAGUGUUCAAAGAAAACGGGCAUAAACGCAAGGUGAUAUUUGCUACCAACUGUGCGGAAACUUCCAUUACUAUUCCUGGUAUAAGGUAUGUGGUGGACACUGGUAUGGUGAAGGAAAUGAAUUUCGAACCGAAACGCAACAAAAGUUCUUUAGAGGUGACAACAAUCAACAAAAGUUCUGCUGAACAGCGAAAAGGAAGGGCAGGAAGGACACAAGCAGGAAAGUGCUUUAGACUCUACAGCCAAGAGGACUAUGAGGCCAUGGAAGACCAAUUAAAACCAGAGAUCCUAAGGGUUCAUCUUGGCCAGGCCGUGCUGAAGCUGAUGGAACUUGGCAUUGAAGAUAUCAGAGACUUCGAAUUCGUGGAAUCGCCACCUUUAGACUCAAUAAACCGUGCAUUAGGGUUGUUGAAUUCUCUUGGUGCCAUGGCAAACGGAAAACUUACUCAAUUGGGAGGCAAAAUUGCCCGUGUUCCGGUAGAGCCGCGCUUGGCAAAGGUCAUAUUUGAAGGAAUUGAAAAAGGUGUGGGUGCAGAUGCGUUAGCGUUGGCGGCCAUUGCAACUGCAGGUGGGAGCAUUUUCUUCCGCAUGGGAAGCGAAGAGGAGAAGCAGGCAGCCGACAGUAGAAAAGUAUGUUUCUGCAUGGAUGGUGGUGACGUGCUGACGUUGUUAGAAGUGUACAGGCAAUACCUCAAGCAACCCAAACGUUUACGUGAACGUAACAAGUGGGCGGUUGCAAACAGCUUAAACGCAAAGUCACUUCGCAUGACUGACGAGACCAUCAAAGAGCUCAAGCUGACGUUAAAGCAUGAAUUGAAGAUAACGAUCCCGGAUACGUUGCAGCAAGACUCGAAAAAUGAUGUGAAACUUCAAAAGAUCUUGUUGUCUUGUUAUGCUACGAACUUAUGCGUGUUUACUGGUCACGAGAAAGCAGGAUACAGAGUGUUGUCUUCAAACCAGUGUGUUCAAGUGCAUCCAUCGUCAGCACUCAAGUUUAUUGGAGCAACGCCUCAGUUCAUUGUUUUUGACCAACUGCUCAAGACAUCUCGUGAGUUUGUCGUCAACAUUACCCCUGUGGAAGAGACGUGGCUCAGGGAAAUGAUUUCAACAGGAGCUCUCAUGUAUGACUUGGACCACCUAUUGUCGACUGUACUGACUGAAAAUCUACUGCUAUGCAGUCCAGAAAUUAUGAAUUUAACGUUUGGAGGAUACAGAAGACGAAACCUUAAUCAAAUUGAGGAGAAGGUGUCGAAGUCAUGCGAUGACAGCUUAGUCGUGUUAGAUGAGGACAAAUUGCGGGGGCAAAUAAAGAUCUUCGCUCCUGAACAGCACACAGUAAAAGCUCUGUCAGUGAUGGGGAGUAUCUUAGAGGAAAAAAGAAAGAUGCUGAGGAAUGAGGAAAGAGAAGAGCCCUUGAGGGAAGAGUUCCCAGGAAGUAGAAUUGUUUGGGGACAAGGCGGAGAAAUAAGGGAGGUCUGUUUUGUGCUGCAAAUGGUUGCAACAAAACAUUGCUGUUGGGGAGAGUGCAAAAAUGAUUCUAGAUUUCCUCAUUUGCUUCAUCCUGCUUUAAAGAAGAGAUUACAGGAAGGCAAACUGAUAUUUUUGCCAUUCCCGAAGAAGUCUCAAGAACUCGAGAGAUGCCUUCAAUGUGGUCGAGGUAAAGAUUUUACUGUAGACAAAGUAACAAAAUACACCUAUAUAUGCUACUUGCAUUGGCCGGGAGAGGCAGGGCCUACAAAGGAGUUUGGUGUGCCCUUGAAGGCAACGCUGAAGCCAAAAGAGGUCUUGAAAGCUACAAAACGAAAGCGGAAAGCGCCACAUGUGAGACAUGCAGUUCCGUCUAAACGAAGUAAAUCAGGAUCGAAUCAAGACAAAUCACAUCCAGUUUUCGACAAGGCUCGUGUUAAUGAUUACAUCCCUGAUAGCGCUGAAGUGAUUGAAAAUUCUAGCCUGGAGAAUGAUCUAGAGAAGUCGGCUAAAAGCCGUGACUUUGCUACACAAACGGAUGUUAGCAAUCACGAACUAUCGUACAAAGUAGUUAAAUAA